AUGAAACCGCCUUUAAAGAUUAUAACAGUUAAAAGCUCCAUUAUUGGUAUAGGAUGGAAACCACAGUAUAUUUCGCCACUCAAGACACUUGUAACCCACACGUUCUCUUUUUUGAAGUACAUCUUCAUUCAAGAAUUGGAACAUAACUCUGCCUUUGACCUGCAGGAUUUCGCCAACAUUGACUUUUACAGAGAAGUCUUUUUAUCACUUCUUCAAAGUUACAAGUCAAAUAAACAAAAAAUAUCAUCCAAGUCAACAGUCAUCGAGACAUGUAUUUUCAGUAUUGCUCUUAUGAACCAAUGGAUUUAA